GAUUUCUGUGCUGGAGCUUCUCCUCCUCUGCCAGUGAAGCCCAACGGCCAUGCUAUGCCAAGCUCUCCAAGCCUAUUCACCCUGUCGCCCAACGCCACUCACCUUGUGUGGUCGUACAACGCCAGCAGCGCCCCCCAUGUCUGGCCUCCCGUGAGCUCCAUGCAGGUGUGGGUGUCUGAGGCCGGGCAAGCCUGCACUGAGACCUGUCAGGAGCACAGGCUGGUCUGCGAGCCGACAUUCUUCGAGUUUCUCAACAAGAAGGACGUGUUUCUCCAGCUUCGCAUUGCCUGUGACAGCGCGGAGUCUGAGAUGAGCCACCUCUACCCAGCACUGGCUGAAAAUGUGCAGGAGUGCUACCUCCAGAAGGAACCGCUGCUGUACAGCUGCGCAGGCUACAGCACCAAGUACCGGCGCCUCUGCCCAUGUCGCGAUUACCGGAAAGGACAAGUGGCUCUGUGCAGGGACUGCUUGUGA